CAAUUGUUUAGUUCAUUUGCGAUCGCAGCGCGAGAGAGUCAAGUCCUAACAUUCGAGAAGCGGGAGUUCCGUUUCGAGCAGACGGGUGGAAAAUUUUUCUCACCGGGCCACACGGUGGUGGAAUCGAGAACGUGAACGCAAACGUAAAACCCUAACGGAAGCGAAGGGCAGCAGGGGCUACAGUAUUGCCGUCAGUGCAAAGUUACAAAGAAUACACACAACACAGCGCACAGUUCAGUGGUUGCAUUUUGCUUUUUACCCCUACUGUUUGACUGAUUGACAAGAUGACUAAAAACGAUAAUGCAAAUCUGCUCAACGACAAUAGGCUGGGCACCGCCGGAGCGGGUCAGCCAAAGGCCCAGAUAGUGCCCGCCCAGCCGAAGACCCUGCAGCACCUGCCCAAGCGGCCGGCGGUGGACCUGGCCUUCCACAACCUGACAUACCGCGUCAAGGAAGGAAAUCGGAGCAAUGCCAAGACCAUUCUGAAGGGUGUGAGUGGACGCCUUCGGUCGGGAGAGCUCACCGCCAUCAUGGGACCAUCGGGUGCUGGCAAGAGUACGCUGCUCAACAUUUUGUCCGGCUACAAAACCUCGAGCAUCGAAGGCAGCGUCACCAUGAACGGUGCGGAGCGCAACCUCAGUGCUUUCCGCAAGCUGUCCGCCUACAUCAUGCAGGACAAUCAGCUGCAUGGAAACCUCACAGUCCAGGAAGCGAUGACUGUGGCGACGAACCUGAAACUUAGCAAAAAGUUCUCAAAGCCCGAGAAGCAUUCAAUGAUUGAUGACAUCUUGCUUACUCUAAGCCUAAGCGAGCACCGGUACACGAUGACUCGCAAUCUGUCCGGCGGCCAAAAGAAGCGCCUCUCAAUCGCCCUGGAGCUGGUCAGCAACCCGCCCAUUAUGUUCUUUGAUGAACCCACGUCCGGCCUGGACAGCUCAACCUGCUUUCAGUGCAUCCAUCUUUUGAAGAUGCUGGCCGCCGGCGGACGCACAGUCAUCUGCACCAUUCAUCAGCCUUCCGCUCGCCUUUUCGAGAUGUUCGACCAGCUUUACACCCUGGCAGAUGGUCAGUGCGUCUACCAGGGCAGCACCAAACAACUGGUACCCUUCCUGUCCACGCUGAACCUUGAGUGUCCAAGCUACCACAACCCGGCGAGCUACGUGAUCGAGGUGUCCUGCGGGGAGCACGGCGACCAUACGCGCAAACUGGUCGACGCCAUCGACAACGGCAAGCGGGACAUCCGAUCGUCGGCGGACUACGCCGGCCUAAAGGCUCGCAACGAUCUAGUAAAGGUCCAGAACUUGAGGGCCGUUCUGGACAAGAACGACGCUUCGAACGUCAGCGGCAGCAAGUACGAGGAUAACCUCACCCUGAACAACGGCUUGCUCAACGGCAUGGUGAACGAUAUUGUGAAGGAGGGCAACGCAAGCACCGCCUUGGUCACAACCAACGAAAAGGGAGAUGCCAUGAUCGACGUAGAGAAGUCCGCCAACUGCACAACGGCCUUGCUAACGGAGGAGAUCACAUCGCCGGAGCGGUACCCGACAUCUCAGUUUCACCAGUUCUGGGUGGUUCUUAAGCGAACUCUGCUCUUCAGCUACCGCGAUUGGACACUUAUGUAUCUUCGAUUGUUUGCUCAUCUCUUGGUUGGAUUCCUGAUUGGCGCCCUCUACUACGACAUCGGCAAUGAUGGAGCUAAAGUUCUAAGCAACCUGGGAUUCUUGUUCUUUAACAUGCUCUUCCUUAUGUAUACGUCUAUGACCAUUACGAUCCUGUCAUUCCCGCUCGAGAUGCCCGUUUUGUUAAAAGAAAACUUUAAUCGCUGGUAUUCGUUAAAGUCUUACUAUCUGGCUAUAUCAGUGGCAGAUCUACCGUUUCAAGCAAUUUUCUGCGUCAUCUACGUGUCGAUCGUAUAUUACUUCACAUCACAGCCCUGGGAGCUCUUCCGCUUCUCCAUGUUCUUGUCGGCAUGCCUGCUCAUCUCAUUCGUGGCCCAGUCCGUGGGUCUGGUGGUUGGUGCCGCCAUGAACGUGCAGAACGGUGUCUUCUUGGCCCCGGUCAUGUCCGUGCCCUUUCUUUUGUUCUCUGGCUUCUUUGUGUCCUUUGACGCCAUACCAGUGUAUCUACGGUGGAUCACUUAUCUGUCGUACAUCCGAUACGGUUUCGAGGGCACUGCUCUGGCAACCUACGGGUACGGACGUGAAAAGCUGAGGUGCUUCCAGACCUACUGCCACUUCAAAUCUCCCACUACGACGCUGGAAGAACUGGACAUGGUAAACGCCAACUUUACCUUAGACAUUGUGGCUCUAAUUGUGAUCUUCGUGGUGCUGCGCAUCUCGGCGUACCUGUUCUUGCGCUGGAAGCUAAAAACUGUGCGAUAGGCACAUUAACGCUAUUGGUUGUUUUCGGUUAUAAAAGCUUUUUAUGUACCUACUAUUUAGUUUUCAAAGCGUCUUGGGUUCUUAUUCAAAUAUCUUUGUAAAAUUUAUUUUUGCCUAGUUUUUAGUCGUUUAGUUGCAAAAAUUACGUUUAGGUGAUAAAAACAUAAAUAGUUUUCACACCUCACGUAAGCUUGGUUUCAGCCGCCGAUGAAGCAAAAUGUACAACAAGUGAUCAAAUCAAACGACAGGAAGCACGACAUCUUUGAUGUAAGAAACGAAUAGGAAAAUAAGUUAUUAACAUCAAUACCCAUUUUAUUUGCCAAAAAAAGUUAUAUUUAAAUACAUUUUCAGAUUUACCUAUUGUAAAUGUUUGUAAAUGUCUGUCAAUAUAAACCUUUAAACACAAAUUGUGUCCCUAAACAAAAUUAGAAAAAAAAGGAAAUCCUUGUAAAAUACACAUGUUUGAAUUCAAGGAACUAUAAGCCCGUUUGUAAUAAUUUUACACUAACUUUUUAAUACAGGUUUACAACAAAUUCAAAUGGUAUUUAAGUGUCUGCAACAUAUACAUAUUUUAUAAAUUUGUAUUUAUAAAUAGUGCAUUCUUGGAGAAAAUAAAAACUUAUACACAAAA